CCAGGAGGGAGCUGGAGUAAAGCAACGCCCCGGCGGCCCCGCGGCCGGCUGCGCGUCACAGGAACUUCAGCACCCACGGCGCGGACAGCGCUCCCCUCCACCUGCGGACCCGGCUCGCGAGCGCCCGCAGCCCUUUCCGACCCAUUCGCUCCGAGCCGCGCCGGCUCCGGCGGCCGCCCAGUCCCCGCCACUCUCCCUCCCCGCACCCGCCCUCCAGUCUCUUCCUGUUUUUACGCCUCCUUUUCAUUCAUAACAAAAGCUUCAGCUGCGGGAGCCCGGCGCUGGGCUAUUUCUGAAGCGGAGCGUUGAAAGAAUGGGGUUCCUUUGGACUGGCACUUGGAUUCUGGUGUUGGUGAUCCACUUCAGCCCGCUACAAGCUUUCCCCAAACCGGGAAGCAGCCAAGACAAAUCUCUACAUAAUAGAGAACUAAGUGCAGAAAGACCUCUGAAUGAACAGAUUGCUGAAGCUGAAGCAGACAAGAUUAAAAACACAUACCCUCCAGAAAACAAGCCAGGUGAAAGCAAUUAUUCUUUUGUUGAUAACUUGAACCUGCUAAAGGCAAUAACAGAAAAGGAAAAAAUUGAGAAAGAUAGACAAUCCAUAAGAAGCUCCCCAUUUGAUAAUAAACUGAAUGUGGAAGAUGUUGAUUCAACUAAGAAUCGAAGACUAACUGAUGAUUAUGAUUCUACUAAGAGUGGAUUGGAUCAUAAAUUUCAAGAUGAUCCAGACGGCCUUCAUCAACUAGAUGGAACUCCUUUAACUGCUGAAGACAUUGUCCAUAAAAUUGCUGCCAGGAUUUAUGAGGAAAAUGACAGAGGAGUGUUUGACAAGAUUGUUUCUAAACUGCUGAAUCUUGGCCUCAUCACAGAAAGUCAGGCACACACACUGGAAGAUGAAGUAGCAGAGGUUUUACAAAAAUUAAUCUCGAAGGAAGCCAACAAUUAUGAGCUGGAUCCCAGCAAACCCACAAGCAGGACUGAAAAUCAGGCUGGAAAAAUACCAGAGAAAGUGACUCCAGUGGCAGCAAUUCAAGAUGGUUUUACUAAUGGAGAAAACGACGAAACAGUAUCCAACACUUUAACCUUGACAAAUGGCCUGGAAAGGAGAACUAAAACCUACAGUGAAGACAACUUUGAGGAACUCCAGUAUUUCCCAAACUUCUAUGCAUUACUGAAAAGUAUCGAUUCAGAAAAAGAGGCAAAAGAGAAAGAAACACUGAUUACUAUCAUGAAAACGCUGAUUGACUUCGUGAAGAUGAUGGUUAAGUACGGCACAAUAUCUCCAGAAGAAGGUGUUUCCUACCUUGAAAACUUGGACGAAAUGAUUGCUCUUCAGACCAAAAACAAACUAGAAAAAAAUGCUACUGACAACAAAAGUAAGCUUUUCCCAGCACCAUCAGAAAAGAGUCAUGAAGAAACAGACAGUACCAAGGAAGAAGCUGCUAAGAUGGAAAAGGAAUAUGGAACCCUGAAGGAUUCUACAAAAGAUGAUAACUCCAACCCAGGAGGAAAGACAGAUGAACCAAAAGGGAAAACAGAAGUCUAUUUGGAAGCCAUCAGGAAGAAUAUUGAAUGGCUGAAGAAACAUGACAAAAAAGGAAAUAAAGAAGAUUAUGACCUUUCAAAGAUGAGGGACUUCAUCAACCAGCAAGCCGAUGUGUACGUGGAGAAAGGCAUUCUUGAUAAGGAAGAGGCCAAGGCCAUCAAGCGCAUCUACAGCAGCCUGUAAAAAUGGCAAAACAUCCAGGAGUCUUUCAACUGUUUGAGAAAACAUAAUAUAGCUUAAAACACUUCUAAUUCUGUGAUUAAAGUUUUUUUGACCCAAGGAUCAGUAGAAAGUGCUGAAUUUACAGUAGUUAACCUUUUAGAAGUGGUUAAAACAUAGCUUUCUUGCCAUGCAAACUAUCUGAAAAGUAAAGUUGUAUGCAAGCUGA